AUGGAUGCCCAGAUUUACAUUAAUCGCUCUUUACGACUAGACAAGAUUAAAAGCAUAGGAUUCGAUAUGGAUGCAACUCUAGCAAUUUACAAUUCUCCUCAAAGCGAGGAAUUGGCUUUCAUUCUCUCCAUUAAUAGGCUAGUUGAUAUUGGCUAUCCAGAAGAACUCCGGGAAACGAAGUAUCAGGCGGAAUUUGUUGCGCGGAAUGCGUGGUUCGACAAGAAAUUCGGAAUGCUUUUGAAAACCGACGAACAUUGUAAUAUUCUCAGCGCCUUCCAUGGAUUCAGGAAGCUUCAAAAAACUGCUUGUUUCAAAUAUUUUAGGAAGGAGAUCCGUCGACUAUAUCCGAACAAGCAUGUGGCCUUAGACGAGUCUCGAAUUUAUGUCCUGAACACGGUAUUCAAUGUUCCUGAAGCUCUCCUUCUUGCUGCAAUAGUUAACUAUUUUAAUACUCACGAAGAAAGUUACACAGCAUUGGCAGAGGAAACAGGAUUCAAGAGGAGAGAUAAGAACCAAGUUAUUCCAUACUCGACAAUAUUUAAUGACUGUAGAAAUGCCAUAGAUUGGAUUCACACUGAGGCUUUAAUGAGUCAUGUGAUGGGUUCAAGAUGGAGAGAGUUGUUUGAUGUUGUCAUUGUGGAUGGCAACAAACCAAAAUGGUUUCUACAAGACAUUCCAUUCAAAGAGAUUGACGUAGCAACUGGAGCGACCAGCAUCGGAGUCCAUAGCGGUGCAUUGACAAAAGGAGAAGUUUACAGUGGAGGUUGUGCAUCGGAAUUUAAACAUCGUAUGAAUUUGCACGGUAAAGAUAUCCUUUAUGUUGGAGACCAUAUUUUCGGCGACGUGCUCAAUAUUACUGUCGUCACCGGUGAUGAUUUGGACAUUUAUCUCAAGAAGAAUCUUUUCUCGCUUCUUCGGGCUCGAGAAUUUGGGAGCAGAUGCGAUGGAGAUAAGCAGGGGACCAAUUCAUUCAGUGACACUUUGAUCUAUUAA